AUGUUCCCCGAUGAGCUCAAGGGACUGACGCCGGUCGAAGAGAAGCUCAUCUCGCUGAACUCAUGUUACGGGAGCUGGCCACCAAAGUGCUCCCGCACCCCUUUGCAAGCACUGGACGAGAUCCACAUCUCGUGGCAGGGCGCGGAGAAGCCGGCACCGAGCGACCUGUCGAGUCUCUUGUCGGUGAGGCGGCGGGUGGUCGAGAGGGCCCUUGUCUGGCUGAAGCGGAACAACCCCCACUACGCCGAGAUCGAGAUCGACGCGGCGGAGAUGGAGAGCUGGGAGACUCGAUACACGGGCGCGGACGGCGCACGUUGUGCCGCCCACGGAACGCGCCGUGGACGAGGAGGGGCGGUGGAGAUCGAGGAGCUCUUCGCCCUGCUCAACCAAGGACAAGAAGCCGGCGGCCAGGGUGAAGGUCACGGGCCCAACGGAGAAGGCGCGGUUCGCGAUGGAAGUGACGCCUGCCCCGACCAGAACGUUCCAGCGAUCAACGAGGUGACGUCUUCUGGCAUGUUCGCGCUCGACGGACCGCCAGACGUCGCGGACGUGGAGAAGCUGCAGUUUGCCUGUGACGCUGCGUGGGCCGAGAUCGUGCUCCGGCGCCAUGGUGGUCGAUUUGCACUGCACCACAUCUUCGCAUUUCUCGUCUUCAACAUGGGCCCAUGUCGAGAGGUCCGUCUCAAUAUGCGGCGGAAAAUCCAGUCGCUCAUCGUCGGAUAUGGCGUGCCGGCCAUCUGGUUCACCAUCAACCCGAACGACAUUACGAACCCGGUGAAGCUGCGACUGGCGGCAUACCGCACACGCGAUCCCGACGCGGCCGAGGAGUUCUUAGAAGGCCUUGGGGAUGCGUAUAAGCGGGCACGGCUGGCGAUAUCGGAUCCCAUGAGCUCGGCCGUGUUCUUCCACCGCGAGAUGAAGCUGUUCUUCGAUCAUUACGUGAAGGUCGGUGAAGACUCGAUGCUUGCCGACAUCCACGGGGAGGAUCAGGCGGCGUAUCGCGAGCGAAUCGUCCGAUACAUCGAUAGCGUCUUCUCAGAGGAUCUGGACCAGGAAAGUUUUUGCGCCGUGCAAGCGGAGCGAUCUGUGACGGGCGGUAUUGGUUCCCUGCUGGACAACGCCGCGCAGUUCUCGGCCGCGUUUAUCGAGGAGGCCAACUUCUGUGCCGGCGCGACGCAGGAGGGCGGAAGGGGACCUCUGCCGGUUCAAGGCGCCAUGGAGAUCCGGAGGACACACAGCAUGGUCAAUCGAUGGAACGAGGCUAUUGCUGUCGGGCUCCGGCACAACCAUGAUAUUUCCUUCAUUGCGACGCAGCGCAAGACAAUGGCCCUCAUCUAUUAUGUCACGAACUACGCGACCAAGGUGGAGGACCCGGUGUGGAAGCGUGUGGCGGCCGCGGCCGAGCUCCUGGCCGCCUCAACAGGGAACAGGACGCGACAGUUCCUGAUGAGAGUGGCGAACCGCGUGUUCACGGAGCGUCCGCUAUCACAGGUCGAGGUCGUCGCUCACCUUCUCGGAUAUCCGGCCGAGUUCACCGACAGCAGCGCGUGGGCGUACCUGAACUGUUCUCUGCUGUACUGGGAAGUCUUUCGGCGAUGGCGGCAUCUCCGAGAAGCCAGUGGCGCUGCGGCUAUGGAUGACACCUUGGAUGAGUCGGUGCUCAGGCGGCCGGGCAAGCACGCUACCGUCUGCCUCGACGGCUACCUGAGCAAGGACUUCACCUACGAUGACGAGUCGUGCUACCGGAGGGCAGCCGUGCAGCAUCUUGCGCUGUUCGUGCCGUGGGAGUCCUUCCUGGGCGAAGGAACAGGUGAGAUCAACAGCAUCUGGGCGCGGGCUCGAGACGCUAUGGCCCCGAGAAUAUCAUGUCUCGUCGACAACGUGCAGCUGCUUCGACGAUCCGCCGAAGACGCAAAACGCGACGCCAAGCAAUGGGCAGCCUCGUCCGGCGAUGGCGACCCGACGGUCGCACACGUCGAGGAGGGUGGAGCAGGCGAGGCGGGCGCGGAGUCUGCAGCGACAUAUCAGCCCAACAGCAUCGGAGACGCAACGCGGCUCAUCGACGUCGUCCGAGGUGCAGUGGGAGCGAAUCAGGUGACGGCCAAGUCGCCGGAGCUCAUGGCAAUGAUACAGCAGCUCUGUCGGUUUCAGCAAUCGGCGCUGCGCUCGACGGCCGAGCUCGAGGCCACGGCGCUGAUCGAACGAGGGAGAGGCGUCCAUCGCUUUUCUGAUAAUAUGCCGCCAGCUCGAUUUGAUGCAGCAGACCGACGGGGCGAUGCCUGCCAGCUGCGCCAGUUCGUCGGUGGCGAGGGCGGUACCGGCAAGUCGCGAAUCAUCGAGGCACUCGUCGAGCUGUUCAGUAAAAAGAGCCUUUCGAAUCGUCUGCUGAUCACGGCGACGUCGGGGACUGCGGCGGCGCGGAUCAACGGCAUCACGAUCCACUCCGCCUGCGGGUUCACUAAAGACCAAGGGGCGGGGGGCGCGAACAUGGUCAAAGACCUUGACGGGGUGCGGCUGCCGAAACAGGCGGAGCGGUUCAUCCACGGCCAGUCUCGAAUGGAUUGGCAGGAGAAGGAUAUGCUCGUCAUCGACGAGGUGAGCAUGCUCGGGGCGCGGACGCUGCACGCCGUGAACGAGCGGCUUCGCCGGCUUCGCGGAUCGCGGCAAGAUUUCGGGGGGAUCCCCAUCGUCCUCUUCUGCGGAGAUUUUCAGCAGUUCCGGCCGGUCCAAGAGAGGUCGAUCGUCCUGCCUAGCGCGGCCAUCUCGUGGGACGUAGACAACUCGUUCAAGGCCGAGCAGCGUCACCAGCACGACAAAGCGCACGCACUGUGGAAGAGGUUCACGACGGUCGUCAUGCUGGACGAGCAGAUGCGCGCCGCCGGCGACCCGGAGCUGCAGAGGCUGCUGAAGCGGAUCCGUCUAGGCGUGCAGGAUCGGACGGAUCUAAACCUCCUCAACUCAAGGAAUCGGUGGAACCUGAACAUGGAGGCGAGCCUGGCGUUCCGGGUCCAGCAGCGGUCGACGAUGCGCAUUUUCAUCUCCGAGCACAAGUGGAAGGAGGAGCUGCCGACGGAGGAAGAGGCGAUCAUGAUACUCAACCAGGGCGACGAUAGCGCGAUCCCGGUGCCGGCCGUCUUCAUGUUCGUGGCCGGGAUGCCCAUCGUGGUGAACCACAACACCCACCAGGGGCUGAAGCUAGUGAACGGCGCGAGCUACUCGGCGGUGGAGGUCAUUGUCGACAAGGCGUACCCGGGGCAUCGGAUCUCGGCCGAUAUGACGAUCCACUUCGGGCCGCCGGCGGGGAUCAUUCUCGAAUCGGAGACGACGAGAUAUCUCCACUUCUGCCAGCGAAAAAGGCCGUGGCAACGCAACGACGUCAGCCGAAAGGACGGCAUCAUGCUCGUGUCCAAGGUGCGGGACAGAGACUUGGUGGGCAACCGGGUCCCCGAGGAGAUGACUGCCGCACAGGCCAGGCUCGAGGUACUGAGCGAGAGGACCGUUGAGGAGGCGUUGCGCUGGCUGGACGGUGAUGCUGAAGAGUCAAGGCGGCCGCGCUAG